UUCCCACACGCACUAGUGUGUUGGCUCCCCCAAGAGGAGUGGACGACGAGCUCCAGCAAGAGUGCGGCGCAGCAAGAGCGGCUUUAAUCGUAAACACUUGGACCGCGUACUGUGUCCCGCUCUGGAGGCAAGUUAUAUUCCCACAGCAACGCCCAAGAACAGCGCAUGCACUGGUUGCUAUCUUCGUCUGCUCUCGUUCUUUUCUUAUUGACUCUUUGGGAUACUCGGCAUCUGGCUGGUCCGGAUCGCAUACAUUCUAUUUUCCAUCGUUUCUAUUUCGCUUAAUAUAUUCUUUGUAAUCCACAUACCCAGUUGCAUCCAUGCAGCUGCCUCACAGAUCGAUUAAGAGCAUCCGGCCACUUCCUAGCAUAUAUACAGUUUUUCCAACAAGUCACGACAACCCCGAUUCGAGCAACAGUUCAAAGGUCAAUUCUGGAACAUGCCUGCUGAGGCAAAUUGAGGAUGGCAUUGAGGUUGUGCCCUUCGAGAGAUGCAACGCUCUUUCUGCGCCUAUACUUAGUCCAGACCAUGAGGAGAAGGAGGUGUUCGUCGUGUCGCAAAAGGAAUUGGACUCAUCAGACAAACCUUUACCAAUUCCACCAAGAUCCAUAUGGCAGCGCAUGUUCACUAGACAGAGAAUACUGGCACUGCUAGGUGUGCAGUUUGUGACGUUGUUGACCAUUGGAAUUGCCCUCAUGGCUGCGAAGAGUCGUUCUUCGGCGAGCGACCGGUCCGCUAAAGUCCGAGCAACUGAUAAUGACUCUCCGCUCAUCGAUACCGUUGUCGGAAUCCGACGUGGGCCAUUUGCAGUCCCUAUUCAAUUCCCACAACAGCAAAGUUCAGCUUGUUUAGCGAACACGAACGAAUUACUCGCAUGGCAAUGCGCUUCCGAUACAACAUUCCAGCUUAACAUACUACCUUCGCCGGCUGGAGAUUCCAGCUCUACGAUGGUCACACUCGGGGCACCGCCGGGCAACGGAAGCAUCUAUCAUGGUCAUCAGAUCCCAGAGAUCCCACCAACUGAGCUGACAGUAAUUCCUGAUAGAGAUGGCUCGGGUGACGGGCCUAUGUAUCAUUUUCGCACAACCUACAAUCGCGCUGUACUGCUGAAAGAGGAGGACCUCACGCGGGUAGGGAAGCCAACAGUCCAGCCUAUUAAACAACAUACUGCCUUUCAACCUGGCGAGUCUCUAUGGCGGUGUGUCUUUAAUGAGACACUCAUCGAAGGAUAUAUCUACGUCAACCAACCCGCAAUUACAAGUAACGAGACCUCCACUACUAAUACGUCGACCACUUUUCGUCUACCCAGGAUGCCUUAUGUCGUUAAGCUUGUCGAGCAAAGAAUGCCAAAUGGCAAAGGCCCUUCCUGUGAGAAAGUCAAAGUACAACAGGGUGGCGGCUUGUCUCGAAGCUCCGACAAAGUCAUGUUGAAUCUCAGCGAGCCUGCAUCUGAGCUUCGGGCUACAAAAUCGGCGCUUAUGGGCGCGAAGUUUCGGACAAGACGGCAGACAGAAACUGCGAAUUAUUGUCGAUGCCAAUGGUUGGUACAAUAAGCGGCUGUUGCAUGACUUGGAUCCAGUGACGCCGUUCUAGAACUCGACCAACAUCGCAAUGUUCCCGUUUUGGUCGCCAACCCAACACAGCUACAUCGAAUCAUCCAUCCCACCAUACAUCA